AGGCGUCUGGCCGAAAGAAGAUGGCUAGUGCUCAAGAUUUCGUACUCAAAAAUAUGGUGAAGAUCAUGGAAGUUUUCCAAACACAAGAUUUCGUCUAUGGGAUCGUUCCGAAGAAGGGGAAGCCGGUGACAGGAUCGUCUGAUAGCUUACGAGAGUGGUGGAAAGACAAAGUCCGGUUCGACCUGAAGGCUCUGCUUGCAAUCUCCAAGUAUCUACCAGAAGUGCUUUUGGAACAAGCAGGUUCUAGCGGGUUAGAUCGUGAACUUCAUGACCUGCAAGACAUGACUCUGGGGUCGCUGCUUUCGCCACUAAUGCAACACUGCAUACCUCCAUAGAGGCGGUUUCCUUUGGAAAAAGGUUUGGCUCCACCAUGGUGGCCUAAGGGAAAUGAGAUAUGGUGGGGUGACCAGAGGGUUUCUCGAGAGAAUGGACCUCCUCCUUAUAGGAAACCUCAUGAUCUCAAAAAGGCUUGGAAAGUAAGUGCUUUGGCUGCAGUCAGUAAGCAUAUGGUUCCUAAUAUGGACAGGGUUAGAAGGCUAGUAAGGCAGUCCAAGUGCUUGUAGUAUAGGAUGACCGCUACGGAGGCCGCGAUUUGGUCGAAAGUGGUUAACCAAGAAGAAGUAAUUCUCCAACCUGAUCAGUUAUCCCGAAAUCGCGGGCACCAUGAUCCUACAUGCCCAAACAUAGGCGUUGUCGAUAAGAAAUCGAGGGCAGGCCAUACUCAAAAGAAUGUUUCUGAUUCAAUGAUGCAGGUUGUGACAAGUUCUUCGUAUGUUCAUUCCCCAAUUGAUUCAGAAUUCGAAAGUGUGGUGGACUGGAUUAAUAUGGAGCUACAAAAGGCCAGUGUAAACGAAGCUGGUGGAGUGGUCCAACUGGGUUCAAGUACUUAUUGGAAUGGUGGUAUGGAAAUGGAAGAUUUAGCUAUGGAUGCAGCAUUUGAGAUUCAAAGGGAAAACAUGGAUUUUGAUCAAUGCCUGGAGGAAGAAGGGACGUCAUCACAUAUGAAUCAAGAAUCGACUUCAAUCUGGGACUAGGCCGGGAUAUGAUUACAGAGAUGCAAAUUUAUAAGAUUAACAAGCAAAAUAGGUUGCUCACAUGCAA